CGGAUAUUUCACCAUAUUGAGAACCUAAAAUGUCGCGCAUCUGUUUCUUUCUCAUCUUCGCUCUUGCAAUGGUCUUCAUCGGAGAAAUAAGAGCUCAGAGAUGUCCUCGUAAUGAGGUCUGGAGUACUUGCGGUACUCGCUGUCCACCAUCUUGUAGAAAUCCUCGUCCAAUCUGUACUAUGGACUGCCGAGUCGGCUGUUUCUGUAGAAGGGGUUGGUUGAGGAAUAACCGUGGCAUCUGCGUCAGAAGAUGUUAGGAGAUUACCUGAAGACUUUGAAAUUGCCACUCUCUUCACGAGCCUUCCGUCUUAUUCAUUGAAAUGCAUUAUCAUAUUUUCGAAGUUAUUCUAGCCCGUAUGUUUUUAUGGAUGGAAAUAAAGAUAUAAUUAGCUCAUG